GUGAUUGACGCGCACAAGCUCACCAGCGCCAUCGCCCACCGUCCCCCCGGCACACCCCUCCUCACGGUGGCCAAUCACGUGGCAGCAAUGGACGACCCGCUAGUCAUGGCAGCAGUGGUGCCGCCAUCCCUCAUGCUCGCCCGCCCCGCCUCUCUCCGCUGGACCCUCUGUGCCACCGACCGCUGCUUCUCCUCGCCGCUCCUCUCUGCUUUCUUCACCUCGCUGCGUGCCCUGCCUGUCGAGCGAAGGGGAGGGUUGCAGCAACCAGGCAUGGUAGCAGCGGCGCAGCGCCUGGCCGAGGGCGGGUGGGUGCACAUCUUCCCGGAGGGCACUCGCUCGCUGGAUGGCGGGCAAACCAUUGGCCCCAUGCGGCGCGGUGUUGCGUGGCUGGCAGCGCAGUGCGCAGUGCCGCCGCUCAUCAUCCCAGUGGUGCAUGUCGGCAUGCACCGCGUGCAAGCUAGAGGACAAACGCUGCCGGCCGUAGGCCAACGGGUGGCAGUGCUGCGCCUGCACUCCCACCUGCUGCCUCAAGAGCAGCCGCUUCUUGAGGGGCGUGUGGCAGGUGUAGAGGGGAGUGAGUUGGGCAUGGAGGGGCGUGUGCCUGAUUGUGAGGUAGCAGCACCGAUGGGUGGGGCAGGGCCAGGAGUGACAGUGGGUGGUGUGGACGGUGGAGGGGGUGCUAGGGAUCAUUGCGGCGUCGUCUAUGCGGCUCCCAAUCAAACUGUUUUUGAGAGCAGAGCGGAGGGCGCUGGGCUUGAGUUGAAUCAGCCACAUCACCCACGCUGGCAACUACACGCCACUGACAGUCGCGUUUCACAUCGGCCCUUCAACCUCGCUGACCAUCCCCUCAGCUGUUUGGAGGACCACAGAUGGCACUCCCUCGCACUUGCCUCCCACAUGGCUGAUGCUUCUCCCCCAGCUGGCAGCAGUGCCAGCAGGCAUGGUACUGCUGGUCUGUCCCAAUCCCAGUGGGCAAUGGCAGCGGGGGAGGCAGUGGCGAUUCAACAGGAGGCGGAGAGGGUGGCGCUGCUGUUUGGCUUCGCUGCUCGCUGUGCCAUGGGUUUCUUGCAGCAGCAGCAGGCUCUGUUUCCAAUUGCUGCCUGCUGUGCCGUGGGUGGGGGGGAACAUGGGGGCACAGAGAGCCAGAUGAUGCGGUCUGCUGAUUCGCAGCAGCAGCAGCAGCAGCAGCAGCAGCAGCACAAUCAACAGAAGCAGAAGGCAUGA